CGCCAUGUUGUUUAUUGCAAUUGCAAAUCUAGUGAUCUGUGUUGCAAAUUAAUCUGUGGUCAUGUGGUGUAUAGUUUACGAGGCUUACGAGUUAAAAAUUAAAGAAAUUUCAUGAUUUCACUAUUAAAUAAUCGUCUGAAAUGGACGCAAUCACUGGGAAUUAUGAAAUCGAGCUUAAACCUGACUUGGAAUGCGGAAAAACGAUCUGCCGCUGCUGUCUGUCUACAGACAGACGUGUGGUGAAAAUUACCAGCUAUGCGGGUCUUUUCAUCGAUUUAGCCGAUAUUAUUGUAUCAGAGUCAGAUGGUCUGCCGCAAUGGAUCUGCUGGGAGUGCAGUGCUCUGCUGCUGAAGACUGUACAAUUCAAACUGAAGGUGCUCCGAGCUCACGCCUUGUUGUACAACUAUCAUAGCAGAUGCGCUCCUUUUCCCAUAGAUGGCGCUGAUCCGGAGCUGACUAAGUACGCACGCCCCGAACUCAAAGUGUGCCCCACCCUCGUAUUUGAAAAUGGGAAAGGCAGACUUGGAUACCAAAAAGUUUUGGAGCAUGAGAAGCCCCCGGCGAUGUCGAAGCUGGACGAGAUCCUGAGCCGCAUGGACGAGGGGGGAGGAGAGUUCCCGGACGACACGUCCGUCAAGGACGAGGAGCUGAUGUCAGACUGCAAUGACAAUGUGCCUCUGCAGGAUAUCAAGAAUAUUAAAAACGAAUUUGAAGAACCCACAGCAAAAGAAGAUAGGAAAGAAAAGAAAAAGAAAGUUAAGAAAAAAAUCAAAACCAAAAAGAAAGGUGUGGAGUUAGACACAGCUGUGGAGGCUUUUGAACCAAAGAGGAGUGCGCUCCGGAGACCCAUAGAGAUAGAUGAAACUAAGAUUAGGAUUAUUAAACUAGACCCCGCCGAGCAGCUCAGACAGAGAGAGGAGGAGAGCAAAGUGAAGCUAAAGUUCCCGUACCAGUGCCAUCUCUGUUUCAAAGGGUUCAACUUUGAAGCCAAACUCAAGAACCACAUGUUCAAACACAGCCCGUCCCGGGGCCCGUACAAGUGCUCGCUGUGCUCCAUGCACCUGCCCACCGCCUACUCCGCGUCCGUGCACUCGCUCACGCACACGCUGCGCUACGAGUGCGUGCAGUGCGGCCGACGCAUGCUCGACCGCCUCGCCAUCGUCAACCACGUACGUUCCCAGCACGAGGGCGUCCUCUCUGUGAUCACGUGCCAUCUCUGCGGAAAAGUUUCCAACAACGACAAGACCCACCGAGGACAUAUGCGGAACCACCACUCCGGCUCGGGGCGCGUGGUGUGCUCAGACUGCGGCAAGAGCUUCGUCAACAGAGACUCGCUUGUGGAGCACCAGCUCAUCCACCAGGGCAUCAAGAACUACGAGUGCCCCGAGUGCGGCAAGCGCUUCCGCACCAGGAACCAGAUCCGGCACCACAUGAUCAAGCACAGCGACGCCAAGGACUUCUACUGCGUCGAGUGCGACGUCAGGUUCAAAUCAGCACACACACUGCGGCAACACCUCAAGAAGACCAGGAAACAUAAAGACACUAAAGCGCCCAAGAUGGAGUGCGCGGUGUGCAGCAAGGGCUUCUCCGCGGCGCACUUGCUCGCGGCGCACGUGCGCGUGCAGCACGAGGGCGUGCGCGAGCACCCGUGCGCGCAGUGCGAGGCGGCGCUGGCCACGCGCGCCUCGCUGCGCAAGCACGUCAAGGUGGUGCACGGGGGGCUGCGCGCGCCGCCCGCCCACGUCUGCCACACGUGCGGGAAGAUGUUCCGGGCGAAGAGCACGCUGACGAACCACGUGCGCACGCACACGGGCGAGAAGCCGUUCGCGUGCGCGCAGUGCGGGCGCGGCUUCGCGCAGCGCACCGCCAUGCGCACGCACGUCAAGCUCGUGCACCUCAAGGUACACCGCAGCGCCAAGAUAAAAGUGAAACUCCCCCCGCCCCCGGAGCCGGCGCCCCCCAAAGUGGAGGUAUUCAAGGAGGACCCCCCACUCAUGUUCGAGUGGGGUCGCCAGAACUUGCCGUGCGAGUACUUCACCGUCACCGCCGGGCCGUAGCCUGACGAGACUAAAAUAAACCUUAUUAAUAUUGAGUUAAAGAUUAUUUUCGUUUAUCUUACUACAGGAUCAUCGUUUUUUUGGAGUUCACUCCUUAAGAAACGUUACGUUUUUUGUGCGCAACCUAUUCUGCGCACCUUUCAGCGGCCUGCUGCUCCUCGGUUGCGCACCUUUCACUUUUCAGACGUGUAUACAAUCUUAAAGAUUUUUUAAUUUAUCAUACUCACAGAGUAAAUAUCAUACAGAGUGAGUAUUUACAAAUAGCGUGGUAGAGCCGCUGAAACCCAUAAAAAACAAACGGAUAGAGCGUACGGAACACGACGUUGUCGUAGCCGCAACAAAUACGAAAUUCAAAAACGAAUACAUUCUCGACUCAGUAUGACACUAAGCGUCGCAUCAGUAACUUUCCAUAUUAUUCAAGAAAAAUGGCGUCUUUUAGAUAUUUUAAAAACUGUUCACAAAAACUAAAGAAAUAAGAUGGAGUAUUUUUAUUGGUAAUUAUAGAUUAUAUUAAUUUACGUAAUUGUUGUUAGUGUUAAAUUUAGAAAUACAAAUUAUGAAAAAUCUUUGUAUAUGCGGUUGUCAAGACGCGUGACGUUUGGUUUUUUGUAAUGAGUUUAACCGGCUUCAGUACGUUGCUUGCAAAGACUCACUCUGGUUACUCUAUGACCUACAUUAACUAUAAUUAAAAAUAAUAGCUCCAAAGGGCUAGCACCCAGAGCCGUAAAGCUUAAUAUUAAAAAAAAUAUGAAAUAACGUAAUUUCAUUUAAGUUGAGCUAUUCGUGCACUUCAUAGAUGCACUGCUUACCCUAACGACUCAUUACGAAUCUGUAUUGCAAAAGGUAUUUUCCAGUUUGUAUGUAUAGUGCCUAGUUAAAAGCCUUGUGCAAAUCACUGCCAUGCUACUAUGAAAACGAUUGUCUAGUGUUAAAGAAACAGACCAUGUAUUUUAUAAGAAAUAAAAAUACUUUUUGAAUGUAA